CCCAAUCUGGUGAACUUCACACAUCUGCCCAGUGCACGCCGAAACCCCCUCCCCCUCCUCUCCUGGACAUCACAUAUUGCUUCAAUUACUGUCUUAUCUUGCGAUAGAGGCCCAUAAUGAUUGUCGAGCGCAAAGUCAGGCUCGUCACCGAGCAGAAUGUCAUCGACAAGCCCUCCCCCGUCGAAGACUUCCCCAUGCGAAAAUGGUCUAUCGUAAUCUACAUUGUUGGCGAGGAUGGCGAGGAACACCCGGCCGAUUGCUUCCAGAAGGUCGUCUACAACCUCCACCCCUCUUUCGAAAACCCCACGCAAACAUUUUCCAAGCCUCCCUUCCGAUGCGAGAACGAGGGAUGGGGUGAGUUCGACAUGACGAUCGAUUGCUACAUCACCGAGAAAUCGAAGCAGACCCUCACCCACGACCUCAACUUUGCGAAGAACCGUUAUGACGCCGAGCACACCGUAUCAUUCAAGAACCCAUCGCAGGCCUUGCAGCAGAUCCUGCGCGAGACGGGCCCUCUCCCGUCCGACGAUGACCGUCUCAAGAAGAAGGGUGGCGCUGGCAAGAAGGGCGCCCAGAAGUACGACUACGAGAAGAUCGCGCAAGCUCUUGAGAAGCUUGAUGAGGACGAUCUGCUCCGCGUCAUCCAGAUUAUCAACGAUAACAAGACCGCGGACACAUACAUCAAGAGUGAUGUUGAUGCGGGAGAGUUCUCCAUCGAUCUGUAUACAAUGUCGGAUGCGAUGACCAAGCUCCUGUGGGACUACUUGAGCAAGAAGGGCCUUGUCAGUUAGAUUAUACCACCGCUCGCGAAGACCAGCUUCUUCUCCAGCACCAUCCCGAAACAACCCUCCCCACACGAACCGAAUCGAACAACGAUUGGGACAGACGACUUCGACAGACGAGUCCUCUUGUGAAAAGGGGAGGGGGAUUGGUUGGUCGGUGGUCAUAGGCUUUCUGUUUCGCUUCUCCAAUGGCAUUUGGCUAGGCGUUCACGGCUUCGUGCUUCGCGUUUGUUAUGAUUUGUUCGGUUUCUUGUCUGUUUCCAAUGAUUUGGUGUGUGUAUGUGUGCGUUGCGCGUGUGUUGUCUUGUCUAUUCGUGUAUGUCAUCGGACACAAAAAAAGGGAUCCGCGGAGUGGAAGGAGUCGUCUUGUGUACGUUCGCAAGUGGUAUCUGUUGUAUCCAAAUUUGGCAAGGGAACCAGGACAGGCAGAGAGUGCCAGCUCACGAGGCUACGGCACUGGCGUGGAAGCGGGUUGGAACGGAGGCGGUAGGGGCUGUGCUAGGUAGUAGACGAGACGCAGGGGAGAGGAUGUCGGGAGGGGGGGGGGGGGGUUCUUACGGCUGCCCUCUGGCACUCACCUCUUCCUCCUCCCCACUCCCAAUUGUAAUUAUACUCCAUUUCCAUGUCUGGCUUGCCAAGAGUUGUGAUCCCAGCCUUUACUUUUGUUGGCAAUGGUACAUUGCCCAGGCUUGAGGCGUAGAGAGAGAGAGAGAGUGUGUGUGUGUGAGUGUUAGUGUGUGUUUGUAUGUUUCUCCAACCCCCUCGACAACGUAAUUGAAGACCUCUCUCUCUCUCUCAGCCCUAGCAUCCUCAUGUUUGUCCGAUCUCGAGUGACUUGUUUAGGCACGACUUUUAACAAUAUCAAUCGCUCUCGAGUCCACGGCGAGCAAAAAUUGGUUGGAUUUUGUUUCGUCUAUCUGCGUAUAUUCCUCUUAUCGCUGGCUGUACUCGAGCAAAUCGCGAGAUUGUCAAAGUCUCGAGCUUCGUUCAGACGGGUAUCUAGAUCAUCCUUUUGCCCACACCAUCAUUAAAUGUGUGAAAAUCAAACCAGGCGCAUAGACCAUCACCGCACAGGUUCUCUUGUCAUCCCCCCCUUUAUGAACCCUCCC